AUGAAUUUUGACCAGAAGGCGGUGAAAUUCCUGGCAAAUUUUCACAUCAUUGGAGGCGAACACUGGACCCAUGGCCCCCUGAAGCAGAAGCCACUUGUGACUUCCCAGUAACUUCCCAGGGCUCUGGGCGGGCUGGGGGGCGGGCAGCUGGCGUAGGGUGGCUAUCGGCUGGGGGCAUGCUGGCCUCCAGGGGUGCAAGAGCUCCAGGCGGGCCUCAGGAUGCAAACGGGCCUCCAGGAAGCCCCGCCCACCUGCGCCCACAACCUGAGGGAGCUGUGGCUGGAGCGACGCCCUCCCGUCGUGACCAAUCUGGGCGUCCCCGGCCCCACCAGGUACCAGACGCCAGCUGCUUCGGCGCAAGAGUCCUCCCCACAGCCCCACUUCACCAUCGGCUGCCCCCAUGACGCUGCCCCCACCGCAGAGGGUGGCGGCUGCCGGGCGUGGCAGACCAUGUGGUUCCCGAGCGAAAGCCCCUUCACCCAGAACGCCGACUUCAACCGAGAGCAGUGGCCCUCGCCCGCCGCAUACCAGCCGCCCAGCCUGGCCGCCUGCCCGGCCUUCAGCUUCGGGGGCCGCCUUGCUCCAGGGCCCCGGGCCCAGCCCCUCCUGCAGGCCCCUCUGCCGACGGGGGACGAGACCGGCCCUGGCUCCAUCGCCUACGACAUCCUCCCCGGGUGCCGCCUGCCGGGCCCCUGCCUGCCCGCUCUCUCCACGAGCCACUGGCCCCUGCUGGCCUCCUGGGUGGGCUCCUCCUGCACCCCGGGCCCGGCCGCCUAUGACGUGGAGGACUGCUACAACUCGCGCUUCCCCUCGGCAACGGGGGUGGUCAUCCAAGGCGUGCGGAGACCCAAGUGCCACGACACUGGCCCCUUCUGCGCGCUCUCGAGCCCAGUGGGUGCAGCUGGCCCGCUGAGUUAG